GUUGCCGCUGUCGUCACCGCCGUGGCGGGAACGCGCAUUCGAGAGGGGGAAAAGGGGGUCGAGAAGGCAUCGGGAUCGCGCCCCUCCGGUUCGCCGUCAAAUGCCUCCGGUGUAGAGGAGCGAUCGAUAUGGGGGGCCCGGGACCACGAGACGGCGUGGAGCCCGACCGACCGACCGACCGACCGACCGCUGCGCAGAGCUCAUCGAGGCGGUUCAUAGCGGGAUAAGAACAGCCUGCGUGUCCACUGAUUAACAGCCACAGGGCUGCAGUCGAGGCGGGGAGUCGCGGCUGGCAGUUUGACCAGGAGAGAGAGACGCGACGAGACUCGAGACUCGAGAGAAAGAGAGAACAGUUUGCGAUCCGACUGAAUCCAGCGGUGGAUUUCAAGAACGAUGGACGGAUUGUCGAUAGCAAGCCAGUCCGGCAGGCCCAGCCCAGUCGAGGUAGGCUGGCUUCGUCCGGAGUGAAAACCCGUCUCCUCUCUCCUCCGUCGGCCUCCCUCCACCGCCGCGCGCCGAUGUCCGCCGCCUGCCUCGACCCGCACGCGCCCGCCGUGGUUUCAGCACCGCCGGAACUGGACAGCGACUGCAUGGAGCCCCGGAGCGGCCCCGCCGCUCGGGAGCCCGGCGGCUUCCGGGCUCGCCCUCUGCGGCACGCCGGCCCCGGGGGCCUCGGCACGGCCCUGGAGGAGCAGCUGGCCAUGCUCGCCGGGGAGCGGGACGGCGAGCGGGAGCCGCCGGACCCGGGAUCGCCCAUCGCGGGCCAUGGCGCAGACCCGCUGUCGCUCCUCCGCCAAAAGGAAAAGGACCUGGUUUUGGCUGCUAAACUCGGCAAAGCGCUGCUGGACAGAAACCAAGACUUGACCAAGCAAUAUGAGAGGAUGCACAAAGAUCUCAACGAGAAAUUAGAGCACUUGGAGCAGGAGAAGCAUGAGUUGCGUCGGCGUCUGGAGAGUCGAGAGGGGGAGUGGGAGGGCCGUGUGGCCGAGCUGGAGACGGACGUCCAGCAACUGCAGGGCGAGCUGGAACGCCAUCAGGUCCAGCUGAGAGAGGCUGACAGGGACAAGACCAAGGCCAUCAAUGAGCUCUCGGAACAGAACCAUAGACUGCUGGAGCAACUCAAUAGGGCUGCAGAGGUGGAGAAGCAGCUGUCCACUCAGGUUCAUUCAUUACGGGACGACUUCAGGGAGAAGAGUAUGUCUACAAGCCAGCACAUGACACGAUUAGAGACUCUACAGGCAGAGCAAGGGCUAGAAAUUAAGAUGCUGUCAGAUAGGAAGAUGGAGCUGGAGCGACGGGUGCACGCCAUGCUGGAGGAGAACGAGCUGCUGCAGAGCACAAUGGACGACCUCAGAGAGAGGACGCUGGUGUUGGAGAAGCAGUGUCACGAGAAAGACCUACAGUUGCGACAGAGCCAGCUGGAGCUCAAGGAGGUUCAGGUGUCCCACAGGCAGCUGACUGCUCGGCUGGAGGAGCUGUCAGAGGAGCACUGCCUCCACAGCCUCACCCCACACCCAUCCAGCCUGCUGUGUGAGAUAGAACAAAGCAUGGAGCAGGAGGAGCAGGAGCAGGAGAGGGAGCAGUUGCGUCUUCAGCUAUGGGAGGCCUACUGUGAGGUCCGCUCACUCUGCUCCCAUCUCCGGGGAAACGACAUAACAGACUCUGCACUGUCCACCGACUCUUCCAUGGACGAGUCCUCGGAGACGUCCUCAGCCAAGGAUGUGCCUACUGGCAGCCUCCACACCAGCCUUUUGGAGCUACGGAGGCUUACCCAGAAUCUGCUGGAUGGCAACGAGUCCACGGGCUCGCGGCGCAGCGAUGAGGAAGCUCUGGAGGAGCAGGUGAGGAAGCUGGGAGAGGAGCUGAGGGAGGGGAGAGAGCUGCACGAAGCUGAGCAGGACAAAACACGCAGCAGUGAAAGGGAGCUGCUGCAGCUGCACAAUCAGAUGGCGCUGCUCUCCAUAGAGAUGUGUUCUCUGCAGGAGGACAACAAGCGGAUGAGGGCGAUGGCUGAAGUCCGAGAACCCAGCGAGCAGCUCCAGAGUGCUAUCAGAGACAGAGACGACGCCAUAACCAAAAAGAAAGUGGUGGAGAUGGAGCUGGCCAAGUGUAAAAUAGACAUCAUGUCUCUGAAUAGCCAGCUUUUGGAUGCCAUCCAGCAGAAGCUCAAUCUGUCGCAGCAGCUGGAGGCCUGGCAGGACGAUAUGCACAGAGUGAUUGACCAGCAGUUGAUGGACAAGCACCAGGACGAGUGGCGCUCUGCCCCUUCCUCCCUGUCGCGGGCCCACGGCAGUCAGUCCUCAAGACGAGCUCACCGCAUCUCCCACCAGGACAAGAGACUUUUCUCUUUCUUCAAAAAGAACUGAGCCCUGUUGGACUGGCCCUGGGCGCAGCAGACAGACAGACAGGCGACGCAAGGGCCAAGGAGGGAGAGACAUCGUAGUACAGGGGUAACCACACAGCCAAAGACGGGCAGUAGCAUACACUGAGGUUUGGGAGGGGGUCAUUUUGCACUUUAUCUGUCCCAUUACUCUUCUCCUUACUGAUUGAUUGGUGUCUUCUGACAGACAGAGAUGGAAAUAUAGGAACAGGACUUCCCCAGAGGCUUUGGCUUAAGCCCCUCUCAUAGAAAGUUAUCAGUCUUUACAGAACGUAAACAGGGUCAAAAAGUUUACCUCCAAAGAGGAAGGUUUCCUUGUAGUGCCUAUGACCAUCUCUACUAGCCCACUGCCAACUCUGUAAAGAGGGGAACAGUAUGUACAAAGUCUAAUUGUAUGCAUCCCAUUUAUCAGGCCAAGGAGUCUGGGGAAAAACGGGUUGAUGUAAGGGACAAUGUGGGUUCAUGGGAAAAGAUUAGGAUAGUAGGACGAUGAUCAGAGCAGUGAUGCUGCAGCCAACCAGGUUUAUUCAUUUGUCCAGGGGAUGUUCAGAACAUGAAGCAACAGCUUUACGUAUCAGGACCAUAGCAUAUUAUAUUUUUUAUAGAAACAAUGAACCAAAAGAAUAUUUAUUUUCUUCAUAGAUAGGCAUGCAGACAGUAUGUUGUAUGUCCCAGACCCAAACUUCUGUAAAAACUUUGAGGGGAUUCACAAGAGAGAUAUUAAAGCUGCACUAAACAGUAUUUUUAUAUAAGCAAUGGAUCAAAUAAAUGUGUAAUGUUAAUGUAAAAGGACCCAUUGAUAGUGGAAAAACCUUCAGAGAAUGGUCCCUUAACUUCAGUUCCCCUCAGCUCUGCAGAGCAUUUUCACUCACCCAUACUCAGCUGAUUAGUAAAGGUGGGGGGAGUGAGAGAGCGAGGGUGAAUUGUGAAAAAAAUGAGUCAUAAAGACAGUCUUCCUGAUUGAACUUAUGCUAAGCUUCAUUAGCCAGUAAAAAAAAGGAGUGCAGCUUUUUAAAUGAGCAGCAGAUGCUGAGAUAUCCUGCCUGUUUGUCCACACUACCUAGCUCCGGAGAAAACACAGGAUCCUACAUAUCCCAUAAUGCAACUAUGUUCUGCAAUUCAUGUGGAAAUCCCUUUCUGAUUUUAUUUCCCAAUUAUCCCCCUAAUCACAUUACAAUUAUUAAGUGUCAUGCAUCGUUAAAAAAUAAAACAUAAUCAAAUCUGAUCAGGGAAAAAUGAUCCUUAAACUAAGUGAAUGUAAACCAGCACUUUUAUUUGAAUAUGUCUCACACGAGGCCUUCGUGUUCAUCUCUGACAUCUGAAUAAAGCUGGGUGGCUCAGCUAUGUUCAUCUACAGUUCACAUCUUAUUUAACAUGUCAAACAUGUAUGCUUUAUCCAAGAAAAAGCUUGAUAUUGUCCUCAUGAUGUCAAUCAUCUUCCUAGUAGACCAAAUUUUCAAAAAUGUUUACACAUCAGCUUGAGAUGGAGGAAAGAUUAUGGUACAUAGAAAGAUCAUCAAUUCUCCAAGUCGAUCAAUUCAGCUCGAGAAUAACCUGUUGAACUUCAUUUCGGUGGACAGAAGCUCGUCUAAUCUUCCUCUGCAGUGAUCCACAUCUGCUUUGCUUCACUUCUAACAGAAAAGGUCUACCUCCAUUCUCGUGGCUUCAACACUUCAUGGGCACUUUGAUUUCUGAGAUGCGGGGCUUCCGUUUUAGUCGACAUAUCUGUAACUCCAUUGGACAAACAUAUGUAUUGACCUGAAGUGUCCGAGCACGAAUGACUUCCAGUUUGGCACAGGGAUGUCUCAUGUCCGACUGCGUUUGAACUCAUGUCUGAUGCAGUUGUGCAAACCUAUGCAGAUGUCUUCUCGUCAUUUCAGCUGGUUGUUGGGAAGGAUCAACCCAAAGAAUGAUUUUUUAUAAAAAGUCAAAUAGGUUUGGAUGAAAUCAAUAUAUUUAUAAGGAAAAAAUGCAUACAUUUUGAAUGAAAAUCUUUUUUUAGAGAGAAAUAUCUGUAAAUUGUUAUUUGUAGGCUCUUUUUUCAUGUGUGAGCAGUAAUUCCACUGGUGUGUUGGACACAAUCACUAAUACAUGUGUUUAUUUGACUGUCGGGGUGAUGCAUGCAGUAGAACUGGCAAGAGAUAUUCAUAUGUACUUAUGAGUUCUGUACAAAAUAUUCACCACCAUGAUGUGAAAUCCAAGCUUGGCCAGGAAAUAGCAAAUUCAGUCCAUUUGACAGUUCUUGGUACCACUUUCUGCUAAGUCAUCUUUUAUAAGCCAUUUAUAAUCAGCGGUUUUAUUAAUGGUUAAUAAACUAAUUCUUGUAUAAGGAUUGAUAAGAAAAAACAAGUCAUUUUAACUAAUAGUGCAACAUUUCUUAUCUUUGUUUUGAGUUAAGGAAAUCAGAUGCAGCCUUGGAUUUAACUCUACAUCAUAGAUUGAAUAAAAGUAUUUCCCAAAAUAUUCCAUUUAUAGUCAUUAAUAAAGGACAUUCACAAUUAAAAUAUCAAGUCUUACAAGGACCAAGAGAUUUCUAAAAGGCCAACAUCAUAAUGUAAAUGUUAAUAAUUCAUUAAUUAAGGGUUAUUAAACUAGGCAAGAUAAAAGUUGGCAUCUGUAAAUAAGCUUUGGUUCAAAGCCUCUGUUUUCCUUCAACAGGGGGCGAGAGGUCAAAUGAUGAACACCAGCCUCAAAUUUCUUUAACAACUAAAUUUUUUCGCAUUAUUACUUUAUUAAAUUUAACCUUUAUUUGAGAAGAAAAACUGUCCUGGCCAAGAUAGGCAGCACAAAGGAUGAAAAACAGAGAAAACAGAUGAGACAGAUACUCACAAAAUCCAGAUUUAACAGAAACGGGAUGCUGUGUCCUCCUUAAAUCCACCCUAAAUGGGACUUUAAAAUCUACUGUCCCAAAAAAAUGACAAGAUUCUGAAAUACCUUCAAAACAUUGGUAAAAGGAGUCAUUUUAGCUCUAACUACAGAAGGAGUAGGUAUUAGUGAAGGAUUUAAUAAGCAUUAAUGUAGCCCUUGAAAAAUCUGUACGAAGGCCAUACUAGAACGUUUUUUCACUGCUCCUGUCUGAAUGGACGUGGUCUGAAUCGUAAAGGAAAAUAGACACGUUUGGGGCUCAGUGGUUCCCCAUCCGAGGGACAGUUUAGGGAAAGAGCUUGGAUCAAACACCAGCCACUGCUGCCACAACCACACUGCAGUUUGUCUCUUUUCAUUUCACGUUUCAUUAUAACAAUAGUAUAACAAGUUCGGUUCUGUCCACAUCAUGUCCAAAUUGCUUUCCGUUUCUUGUUUGUAUGAGACUGUCGAUCAGACACUGUAGAUUGUACUGAUUCAUUUUUCCAAUUGAAAGAGUUUUUAAAAACGUCGUCUGCUGCGUCUUUCUGUGUCAUACAUGCUGAUGCUGCCACUGAGGGCUGAGUAUCUGUGUUGCAGCAGUGACAGACAGAAGUGCCAUUGAGUGUGUGCACUUUCCGUUGCUUGUCUCCCCUCAGUCGGAUGUUAUUUUGGAAUUUAGUGCUUUGGAUGGGCUCAUUGUGCUCCGUGUGAGUGCUUCCAUUCACCACUGACUAAUGGCACUGUUUUUGUUUCAGAAUGCUUCAAACUAUUCAAAAUAUUUAUCAUGCAAUUUUCUGGGCAUUUUGGGGAAUUUUUUGAUACAAAUAAAUACUUUAAAAUCACAGUUGACAUUUUGAUUUUUCAAUGCCGGAAACAUGACUUGACGUUAUAACAUAGUGAUGACUCCAACAAACACUGUCAAUAACUACAUCCGAGUUUGACAAGUGAAAAUAUCUGCAUGGAAAAGGCCUAGUCUACUUUACUUCACCAGUUUGAGGUUCCAUUUCUUUUUUUAGCGUUGAUGCAUUUGGCAUAUUUCGUUUAAUAUAAAGAAGAAUGAUUAGGUCCUCAAUGGUUUGGUGGAACCUGUGAUAAUGCGUUUUCAAACGAUACUCAAAGCUAUAAUGUAAAAUACCGGCAUUCCUCAAAAAAA